ACACUGCUGCUGCCCUUAGUGAACCGGUUUUGUGAAUAAAUGACUUCAGGCUCCCAGGGCUGCCAAUUCCAGACCUUUCAAUGGCACUCAAUUUAAAAAUGCCAUGUAUGGCUUGCAACUGUAAAGUAUACUGUAUUUAUCUUUCUACCCACUUUUUUAAAAUGGUCAUUUCCUCACUCUAUAUGUGGGAAGCUCUCUCUUUAAAAUUAUUAUUACUAGAAUAUACAAUAGAUCAUGGCUGUCAGAAUUUCUGUGGUCCAGCAGGAUGCACUGUUGUUUAUAUAAGUUACAAAUAAAAGUUGGAAGAAAGCAGGAAAGUGCUUUCCAGCUAAUUAUCCCUUUUGUGAGCAGUCCAAAAAAUGAGUGAGUCAGCUGGGGCAGAAAAUUCACUUGGUUCAUCAUUAAGCCUGCGUUUCUGCAUCUUGGCAGCAUUACUCCCUAAAGAGGGAUGAGGGUCACCUCAUUAUCCUGGCAGUAAAAAGGAUUUGUGAUAAGAAGCAUGGGAAGGGAUAAAUAUAGAUAAAUUAAGAAAACAUCAGCACCCUUUCUAAAAGCUGCUGAGAAAAAAAACCCCAAGGCUGCUACCUAGCCCUCAGCUGCAGAAUUUACAGGAAUAACUGAUGCUCAAAGUGAAAAACAGGUUAGUAAGAAACCCAAGAAAGUGAUGAAGCCCUGAGCUUCACCCUCACAGCUGCUGCUGCUGCUGGCAGUGAACUCAGCACUGAAGACCAGCCUUCUUCACUGUUUGAGGAGAGGGGGAGAGAUUAUUUCUGGUGGUUUGGAAGCUUUUGAAAGAUAUAUUUUAAUUGUCAUGUCAUCAGUUGUUUUUAAAAGGGGUUCAGUCUUUGCUGCACCACUUUGGAGGGUCUAAAGUUUUGAGCUGAUAAUCAUCUUCCCUUUAUGUGAAUUAAAGCUUGGAACGUUCAUUCAUAAUAUGAAGAUGUUGCUGACUUUGUUCCUCUUCCUUAUUGGGAGUCAAACUUCAGUAACUCAGACACCUGCCCCUACAUUGUCUGCAGAUAUUGUCCUUUUGGUUGACAGCUCUAAUAGCCUGGGAAAAAAGGCAUUCCCCUCUAUGAAGGCUUUUAUUAGCAAAAUGAUCAGUCAUCUAACAGCGACUCCUAACCAAUACCGUAUUGCACUUGCCCAGUACAGUGAUGAUUUGCACAUUGAAUUUCUGUUGGACACCUAUAAAGCAAAGAACCCAAUGCUGAACCAUGUCAAAAAGAAUGUUGUAUUCAAGGGUGGUUCAGUAAAAACUGGCAAUGCCCUUCGAAAAGUUCACAGAACCUAUUUCAAAGGACCAGCUAGCGGAAGAGACAAAAAACAAAUUUUGGUAGUCUUGACUUCAGGGGCAUCAGAGGAUGCUGUAGUAGAGCCUGCCAAGAUCUUGAAAAGUGAUGGGGUAAAAAUCAUAGCCAUGGGGAUUCAGAAUGUUUCUCCUCAAGAACUGCAGUCAAUGGCUACACCUCAAUUUUCUUAUAAAUUUCGAACAGUGAGGGAUCUCAGUAUGUCUUCUCAAAACAUGACCAAGAUCAUUGAGGAUGUUAUUCAAACAGAUAUUAAUGGCAUAAUAUCAACAGAUAUAAUUGACAGUGUUCCUGAGAGAGAAGUUUGUAAUUCUGUUGCUGAUGUUGUGUUCAUAGUAGAUAAGGGUGUUUCAAAACCAAAAUCUGAAGAUAUUAAAAAAUUCCUGCAACAUACAGUCUCCAUUCUUGAUGUGAAGAAGAACUGUACAAAGAUUGGCCUAGUGACAUAUAGCAGUGAGCCACACGUGUUAUCUUUAUUGAGCGAAGAAACAAACAAAAGUGCUAUUCUGCAGAAAAUAACGAGCUUUUCUCCAAGGGAAGGGAAGGCCAACACCGGUGCUGCCAUUAAUGCUACAAGGAAAAAUAUCUUCAGUGUAAAAUUUGGAAGCAGAAAGGCCCAAGGAGUAGAGCAAAUAGCCAUUCUGAUUACUCACAGACGCUCUGAAGACAACGUAAGUGAGGCAGCUCGUGAUCUUCGGAGAGCUGGUGUGACUGUAUUCACCAUAGGCAUUGAAAAUGCUGACGACACCCAGCUAACCCAGAUAGCAUCAUAUCCUCAACAGCAGUAUGUUACUAAGCUGACGGCAUUUUCUGACCCGCCAAAACAAGCCAGAACUUUACAAAAGAAACUCUUGAAUCAAAUUCAGGACAAACUGUAUGUCCAGUCUGAAAAAAGAGAACUACUUAAAACAGGAUGUGUGGACACAGAAGAAGCUGAUAUUUAUGUGCUCAUCGAUGGCUCAACAAGCAUUCAUCCUAAUGACUUCGGAGACCUCAAAAAAUUUUUGAAGGAAGUGGUUAAGAUGUUUAACAUAGGGCUGAAUAAAGUUCGCUUUGGAGCUGUGCAGUACUCAGAUGUCAAAAGACUGGAGUUUGAACUUAAUGAAUACAGCAAAACAAACGAUUUAGAGAGGGCCAUUGACAACAUUAGGCAAAUAUAUGGGGAUACCAAAAUUGGAGAAGCUUUGACUUUCAUGCAGCCACUGUUUAAAAAGGCAAGGGAGCAGAGAGCUGGCAGGGUGCCUUGUUACCUCAUUGUCCUAACAGAUGGGGAGUCACAUGACAGUGUGAAGGAGCCUGCUGAGAGCCUGAGGAAUGAGAAGGUUAAUAUUUAUGCCAUUGGUGUAAAAGAUGCAAAGGAAGCACAGCUACAUGAGAUUUCAGGAUCAAAGAGCAGGACUUUCUUUGUGCAUGAGUUUGAAUCUUUGAAAAACAUAAAAAAUGAAAUUGUUCAAGGGAUCUGUUCUGGAGACGCCUGCAAAGAAAUGACAGCUGACAUCAUGUUUCUAGUGGACAGUUCUGGAAGCAUAGGACCAGAGAACUUUUUGAAAAUGAAAAAUUUUAUGAGAGAACUGGUGAACAAAUCUGACAUCAGCGCAGAACGAGUGCAAGUUGGGGUCAUCCAGUUCAGUAGCACAAACAAGGAAGAGUUCCAGCUUGACCGAUAUGCUUCAAAAAGUGACAUUUUCAGUGCUAUUGAUAGAAUGUCUCUUAUAGGGGAAAAUACACUAACAGGAAGCGCAUUGACAUUUGUGUCUGAUUAUUUCAAGCCUCCCAAAGGUGCACGUCCGGCUGUCAAAAAGUUUCUUAUCCUGAUUACUGAUGGGGAAGCGCAGGAUGUAGUAAAAAGUCCAGCAAGAGCCCUACGUGAGCAAGGUGUUAUUAUCUACAGUGUUGGGGUGUUUAAUGCAAAUAAAACUCAGCUGGAAGAGAUUAGUGGGAAGCAUGAGCUGGUUUUUUAUGUCGAGAAGUUUGAUAUUCUGAAGCAUAUAGAAGAUGAGAUCAUCUUUGGAAUAUGCAGGCCUCAUGAGGAAUGCAAAAGGAUAGAAAGAUUAGAUGUUGUGUUUGUGAUAGAUGGAUCUGGGAGCAUAAGUACCUUACAAUACCAGACCAUGAAAGACUUCAUGAUUGCCUUGGUGAAAAAAUCUGAUGUCGCUCCAGAUAGAGUUCAAUUUGGAGCUGUAAAAUAUUCUGAUGAACCGGAAACAUUUUUCUACCUUAAUAAGUACACAGCAAAAUCCGAGAUUGUUGAGGCUAUCCAGAAUGACGUAACUAAAGGAGGUUCAACUUAUACAGCCAAGGCAAUUGGCUAUUCGGAAGCUCUCUUUGCUCAGGAGCAUGGCAGCCGCAAAAGCAAGGGUGUUCCACAGAUUCUUAUAGUGAUAACAGACGGUGAGUCCCAUGAUAAAGCACAGCUCGGUGACACAGCCAUGAGAUUAAGAGACAAUGGAAUUAUUAUCUAUGCUGUUGGGAUAGAAGGAGCAAAACCUGAUGAGCUUUUGGCCAUGGUCGGAUCAAAAGACAAAUAUUACUAUGUGGAUACAUUUGAAGGACUCAAAAACACAUCUAUAGCAAUAUCAGAAAAAAUAUGUGACGAUUCAAAACCAGAGUGUGAAAUUCAAGCAGACCUUGUUUUCUUGAUUGAUGGUUCCAAUAGUAUACACCCAGCUGACUUCACUAGGAUGAAGAAUUUCUUGAAAGAUGUACUGGAUCAGAUUAAUUAUGAUCACAAUGUUGAAAUUGGCAUUGCCCAGUACAGUGAGAGGUAUAAAAGAGAAUUCAGCCUGGGUGCUUUUCAGAACAAAUCAGAACUGAACAUUCAAAUUGAGAACAUUAAACAGAUGACAGGAACUAGCACUUUAAUUGGAGCUGCACUUAGGAAGGUGAAGGAAUUUUUUGCACCAGCAAGCAGCAGAAGAGUAACAAGAAAUGUCCAACCAGUUUUGUUGGUAGUCACUGACGGGAAGUCGGAUGAUGAUGUUGCUGAACCAGCAGAAUAUCUGAGAAGGGAAGGUGUUCAUGUAUAUGCUAUAGGAGUUGGGGAUAUUGAUCACUCACAGCUCAUGCAAAUAGCUGGUGUCCCGGAAAGGAAGUACACUGUUCAUGAUUUCAAAGAUCUGAAGAUUAUUAAAAAAAGACUAGUUGAUGACCUAUGUAAACCUGAUAUUCCUACAACUUGUUUUGUGGAUAUUGUUAUGGGAUUUGACAUCUCAUCGCAAAAGAGAGGUGACCAUUUAUUCCUUGGACAGUACCAGCUGAAAGCAUAUCUUCCUGACAUUCUAAAAGCCCUCACAUCCCUAAGCAGUCUGAGUUGCAAUGUAGGGACAAAGACACAGAGCAGUGUGGCAGUUUACCUGAACAACACAGUUACACCCGUGUCUUCAAAGUUCCAAUUUGACAGUGAGAAAAUACUGAACAGCCUGAGAAAUAUCGUGAUUGACAAACCAUCUCAUCUCAAUGGCAACUUCCUGGAGUCACUCUGGAAAACAUUUCCAAGCAAAGCUGAUGAUCAAAAUAGAAGGAAGGUUUUACUUGUAUUUUCAGAUGGUUUAGAUGAAGAUGUAGAAGAACUUGAACAAAAGUCAGAAGAACUCAGAAAAAAAGGACUGGAUGCACUGAUAACUGUUGUUCUGGAAGGAGCCUCUAAAUUUGAUGAGCUUCAGUACAUUGAGUUUGGAAAAGGAUUUGAAUACAUGACUCAAUUAAAUAUUGGCAUGAGAAAUAUUGCCAAAGCACUGUCCAAGUAUGUGACUAAUGUUGCUGAAAGGACAUGCUGUGCUGUUUUUUGCAAGUGCAUUGGGGAGGAAGGUGGAAUGGGACGCCGAGGGAAACAAGGAAAUAAAGGAUCUAAAGGUAUAAAAGGCAGUCGAGGACACUUAGGAGAUGAGGGAGAGCCGGGUUCAAGAGGACUGCCUGGACCAAUGGGAGAGCAAGGGAAUAAGGGAUGUGAUGGUAGUAAAGGUCCUAAAGGAUACCAAGGAAUACCUGGUAAAAAGGGAGAUGAUGGGGACAACGGAAUUGAUGGAAUUAAUGGAGAGCAGGGAUCACUUGGGUAUCCAGGAAAGAUGGGAGAAAAGGGAGACCUAGGCUACACGGGCAGUCCAGGAUCAAGAGGACUCCCUGGUGAGCGUGGUGAGAGGGGUUUACGAGGAGAUCCUGGUAACGCUGGAUUUGACAAUGACAUAGUAGGGUUUAAAGGUUCAAAAGGAGAACAGGGAAGACAGGGUGAAAGAGGACCAGUAGGCUCACCAGGGUCACCAGGCUCUCGGAGGACCACAGGAGCAAAGGGUCAAAGAGGAACACCAGGUCCACAGGGGGAGGAAGGAGCUCCAGGCUCAAAGGGCUUUCCAGGAGAACCAGGAUUUCAAGGAUCCCAGGGACAAAGAGGAAUUGCAGGUGUGAAUGGAGAGAAAGGAAGUGAAGGAAGUAAAGGUCUUCAGGGUGAAUGGGGAGCUGCAGGUUCAAAAGGGAGUCCUGGCAGUCCUGGAAUGAGAGGAAAUAAAGGAGAAUAUGGUGAUCCUGGAGAGAGAGGACAGAGAGGGCCACCAGGUCAACAGGGAAUGCAGGGAGAAGAUGGUGCUACUGGAUAUGGUGGACCAGGAAAGAAAGGAGCAAAGGGACAAGAAGGAUUCACCGGAGAUAUUGGACUGAAGGGUGAAAAUGGAGAAAAGGGAGUUCCAGGAGAACUUGGACCAAAAGGAAUCAGAGGAAAAAUGGGUAUUGCAGGUUAUCCUGGUGAGAAGGGAAUUCCAGGAGGCAGGGGACCUCUAGGACCCAGGGGCACUAAAGGAACAAUGGGAUUGCCCCCUUUUCCCCCAUGUGAACUCAUUGACUAUGUGCGCAGACACAGCCCUUGUUGGCAGGAAAAACCGGAAUGCCCAGUAUAUCCAACGGAACUAGUGUUUGCUUUGGAAAUAUCCCAGGAUGUCACAUCCCAGUUAUUUGAAAGAAUGAGAGAGAUUGUAAUAUCAGUAGUGAAUGCCACCAAAAUUAGGAACAGCAACUGCCCAGUGGGAGCUAGAGUUGCUGUUGUGUCCUACAGUUCCAAUACGCGUUAUCUGAUCCGCUUCUCCGAGUUCUACAACAAGAAUCAGCUCCUCAACAAACUUAAUAAUCUGUCUUAUGAGAGAUCCUCAAGUGAACGGGAUAUUGCCAGAGCAAUGAAAUUCGUUGCCAAGAAUGUUUUCAAACGAACUCGCCAAGGUCCUAAUGUGAGAAAAGUAGCAGUGUUUUUCAGCAAUGGGCCAUCUGCAGACGAAUUUUCUAUUAACACAGCAGUUCUGGAGUAUGCUGCAUUUGAUAUUGUUCCAGUAGUUCUCGCUUUUAAUGAUGUUCCCCUCCUCAGUCGUGCUUUUGCGAUGGAUGAUACUGGAUUCUUCCAGGUAAUAAAUAUUAAUCAAGAGAACAGCUAUGAGCCAUUGUUGGAAACAUUUCAGCGCUGCACUCUUUGUUAUGACAAAUGUAAACCAGAUGAGUUUUGUGAACGCCGCAGAUCCCGAUCACCACCGGCAUAUGUGGAUGCUGCUUUCAUUUUGGAUAGCUCACAGAAAAUGAGUGGUGCCGAAUUUGAGAACGUGAAAAACUUCUUGAGCACAGUACUUGAUAACUUUGACAUUUCCUCUGAGCCAGAGACUUCUUCCACAGGUGAUAGGGUGGCUGUGGUGAGCCAUGCUCCACCAGGUUUCAAACCCCAGCCAGGGAGGAGCCCUGUAAAGAAAGAGUUUGACUUUGUCACCUACAGCAGUAGACAGUUAAUGAAAAGACAUAUCCGACAAUCUGUUCAACAGCUGAAUGGAGCAGCUGCUCUUGGCCAUGCCAUACAGUGGACAAUUGAUAAUGUUUUCUUAACUGCACCCCACUCCAGACAACACAAGGCUAUCAUUGUUAUAUCUGCUGGAGAAACAAGUCAGUGGGACAAAGAAAUAUUAAAGAAGGCAUCUCUGAGAGCCAAGUGCCAAGGAUAUGCUCUGUUUGUAAUUUCAUUAGGACAUGUAUAUAACAAAAAUGAAUUGGAAGAGCUGGCUAGUAUUCCCCUGGAACAUCAUUUGGUUCAGCUGGGCAGAGUUCACAAGCCUGAACUUGAAUAUGUAGUGAGGUUUAUGAAACCGUUUGUGCAUCUCCUCAGGCGUGCAAUCAACAGAUAUCCACCAGUACAGCUCAGAAGUUGUACCAGAGCUGGCUCUUGGAAACCAGAAUAUGCACUAAGGGGCCAAGAACAUGUUGCUAUCAUACAUGACAGUUGGUCAGGAAGUGAUGCCAUAGCUGAUGCUGAAUACGCUGUUUCUGGGCAUGCAACACUAAUGUUCCAGGAUGACAUAAGUGAUGGUCCUCUAAACACCAAUGGUUUUCCCAGCAGUACACAUCAGUCCUUGAUAACUACAGACAUAAUGGAUAAUGCUGCCAAAACAAACGGAAGGAAAGAUAACGCGAGUUAUGUCUGAUGUAAGGAAAGUAAGGGGGAUGUCUGCAUACACCUCACGGAGUAGGGUGGACAGUUUAACCUUUGGAACCCUACGGAUGACUUCACACCUCCCUUAGACAAUUCAGUUGAGGGAAAGGAGCCAAAUAUACCAGCUGUUCUGUCUCCUCCUCCUCUUCCUGCCGUCAAACUAACGCUUCUGUCAUAUGGUGGCAUUAUACUGAGCUUUUUAAUGCAUGUUAUGCAACAUAUCAUGGUACCAAUUAAACUAUCUACCUGAAACUUCA